AUGAAAGCCCAAGCUUUGGCUCACCACUUAGCACAGAACCCAGUCGAUGGUGAUUACGAACCAUUGGAUACAUAUUUUCCAGAUGAAGAGAUUAACUCAAUUGAGAAAGUAGGUUCAAAUGGAAAUCAAGCCUGGCAAUUGUACUUUGAUGGAGCAACCAACACAAAAGGCACACGGAUUGGGGCAAUUUUAAUAUCGCCCACAGGGCAACAUUACCCUGCAGCAGCUCAACUUCGUUUUUUUUGUACAAAUAACAUGACUGAGUAUGAAGGUUGCAUCAUGGGUCUAAAUAUGGCAAUAGAUUUGGGUGUGCAAGAAUUAAUUGUGUUGGGACAUUCUGAUUUGCUUAUCCGACAAGCUCAAGGUGAAUGGAAAACUCGAGAGCUCAAGAUCCUUCCAUACAGACAAUGUGUGAAAGAUCUUCGCAGAAAAUUCAUGUACAUCGAGUUUAGAUACAUCCACAGGUUUCAUAAUGAUUUGGCCGAUGCCUUGGAUACUUUAGCCUCAAUGUUUCCCUAUCCUGAAAACACUUACAUCACCCCAUUAGAGAUUCAAGUUCGGGACCAAUAUGUCUAUUGUAAUACAGUGGAAGCAUAA